CCCCAUCCCCAUCAGAUAACCCUAGCGCAGCCAAAGUCUCUAAGAAACCCCAUUACCCCAGCCCCUCCCAGCAGCGCCUCCCAGCCCUGCCGAACCAGCGCCUCCCAGACCCUCGCAGCAGCGCCGGACCACCCCCAGCAGCACCGAACCGGCGAACCCGGCUCCUCCCAACAACGCCAGAUCAGCCCCUCCCAGCAACGCCUGGCCAGCCGCUCCCAGCACCUCCCAGCGCCGAACACCAGAUAUGGAGCCUCCAAGUCAGGGAAGGGAGCUGGAGAUUGUAGUUCAUGUGUAGGUGUCAUGCUGGAACUUGCUACUGCUGCUGCCUACCUUCUUCUUCUCUGCUUCCUCAUCCAUCUCUGUCUUCCAACACCGCAAGAGUCGUCGCCGCCGGCAUUGUUGCUCUGUUUUCUAUCUCUCUUCCUGUGCUGCUAAUCGGUUCAACUCCUUCAACUCCUGCGUUUUCGCCCGCGUCGCUGCCACCAGCAUCUCUGUCACUCGCGUCUCUAUUCGCCUCUUGUUGCUGCCCUUUCUCGUCCCUUGCAGUUCACAGCCUUCCUUCCCUGUCUUGCAGUUGGUUGCUCUCGCUAGAGAAGAGCAGAGGCGGGUUUGAUCCUUUUGUGUGCAGGGUUCCAUCCAGAAAGAAGAGAAGAAGAAUGGAGGGUGCGAAACGGUUACAAGGAAACUCAUUAUCACUUUUCAGUGAAGGCAUUGGCUUUGUUUUGUUGCGUUGGUCCGCUCUUCGUGAUGCCGUCGAGAACCAGUGGGGUGGCCCUGACUCCCGCCUCAAGGCCGAUAACCUCGCCACCGAUAUCCUCUCCUGGUUCACUCAAUCCAGAGAACCGCUUUAUAUUGAUGACUUGGAGGACAAACUCUAUGAUGGGAUGAUUUCGCUCAAUGUAGUGGUUGAGGAUGGCAGCACUGAAGAGGUAGCUGAAAAUCUAAUGGUUAUGCACGAGGAAUGCUUAGAAGGAAACUUUGUGACCAUUGAGCGUUAUAGGCAGGCCAUUGUUAACCAAGCUGCACAUCCUCGUGCAGUGCCACAGAUUGUGAAUGAUGAGGAUGAGGAAGAUGAUGAUGUCCAAAGUGGUCAAAAUGGUGAAAGUAGUGCUAGGCAAGCCACUUCUUCAAACAUGGAUGUGGACAUUCCAAAAUCUGAGUCAAACAUGAGUUCAUCUAACAUGCGGAUUGAUGAUGAGCCUCUCAAAAAGGAUGCAGGUGAAGCAGAGGAUGGAUGGGUUGUAGUUUCAAAGAAAAAAAAUAAGGUUAGAAAAAAUUAGACGAAGAAUAGUUCAAAUUUUCCUUUAGGAUGGUGCAAUAUGAAUAGCUUGUGAAAAGAAGUGCACUUGCCAGAUAGCUAAAUAUUUUCUUUCUACCAUACUAUUUUGCUGUGGUGAUCAUUUAGCACAACUUGUUAGAUUCAAAAUUAGUUUUUUUCAUCAAGAAUUUUGGUCCAUCGUUAGAUCUUACAACUUUAACCAUGUUUGUAUCAUUUGAAUAAAAUUUUUAAACAAACUACUGAUUUUAAAUUUAUUUUUCAUGAAAAAUAAUCAAAUGAAUAUAUUUAAUAACGAGUCAAUUAAUCAAAGCAGAGGAGAUAGACAAUUAGGCAAGCAAUAUUUGGCUGUGAAUUCAUACAAAAAUAAAAGGGGGUGAUCUCGGUCUCGGAUCACAAAGAGUAUGGCCGUUUAAAUAAAAAAUCAAGACACCAAAAAAAAAAAAAAA